AUGGACAACAACUUCAUGCUCCCGCAUAUUCCCAAAGAGCUGGUCCUUAAAAGUAUUUGUGUUUUUAUCCCCAAUUCCCUGAUUGGAGCCAUCAUCGGCGCUAAAGUAAUAUAAAAAGUUUUAGCUAUAUUUUUUGUUCAGGGUGCAUAUGUGAAGCUUCUGCAGCAACUAACCUGCGCUAAUGUUACCGUUGAACCGGAUAAAAUCCGAUCGAAAUCUCCAAAUGUGAGUUUUAUAUUAUCAAUGAGAUGUUUUCGGAUUUUAGCAGAAAAUCGAAGAGAAGCCACCAAAGGAGCAUUCGGAAUUUAAAGACGACUUUAUCCCUCCAACAAUCGACCAGUACAGUGAGAGGUUGAGCAGACUGAUCUUGGAACAAGCUCUGGAUUCCGCUUCAUCUUCGAAGAACAGCUCUGACGACUUUGAUAGACUGGUCACAAUCGCUGGAUACGAUGACGACAUCAUCAGAGUGAGUCCUCGGAUUGAGCAAAGACAUAUAUGGUUUAUUUUUGAUCUAGAAAGAGUUGUUUCUAAUAGUUUAUAUAUUAUUUUUGACAAUAGGUACCUAAAUGGAAACAUUAAUGGAUAGCUGUAUUUUUUGAUUAACUUCCUGUGUUUUAGGCUUUAUUUUGGGUUUAUCAAAGGUCAGCCGAGGUUCGAAAUGUCUUAUUUGGUUCGAUGGUGCUCAGAGUCGAGUUCCUUGUCCCCUCUUCUAUGGCUGGUAUGAUAAUUGGAAAGAAUGGACAACAUGCAAGUAUUUAAAUUUAGUUUCUGUUAUGAAGGAUGUACAUCUAGCUCCGAAUUGACAAAGCUUUACGUUAUGUGAAUUGUCUUUUUUCCCGCGCGCUAUGUGUAAUAUAAAUAAUGGCCUUAAAUUACAGAUAAACGAGCUGAGACGCAUGUCCCAUCGCUGUGAUAUUAAUGUUGGCAAAAAUUUCACCAAGAACGAAGCCAAGAUCACAUUACAGGGAUGUUUCGGACAAGUUGUGGUUGCUUUAUCAAGAAUCAAUUUCCUCCGAAAAUGCAUGAACAGAGAAAAGAUGUUCCAACAGUCAAGACAAGUCAAAAGCAGAAAUCAGCAGCACUUUAACAAUGGCGACAGAUCUCAAAAGGCGGAUUCAUAA